AUGCCUAUGGGACGUUUGAAAGUGGUCAUUGUCGGAGGGUCCAUCGCGGGUCUACUUCUCGCCAACGCUCUUGCUCGACAGGGAAUUGACUUCGUUGUCCUGGAAGCUAGGUCGGAAGCUGCACCAUGUGAUGGAGCGGGACUAUGCCUUUUGUCGAGCGGGGCGCGUAUUCUGGAUCAGUUGGGGAUGUUCGAGGACAUCCAAUAUCACGGUGGUCCUAUUUCCGUCCAGCGCAUCUGGCGAGAUGACGGACAAUUACUUGGCCACACCGAAGGCUUGGCCUUGAUUACCGCCCGACAGGGCUAUCCUAUGAUUUUCAUUGAAAGACAACGCGUUCUUCAAGUCCUUUUUGACCAUCUACCAGACAAAGGACGCGUGCUCCUCGGAAAGAAAGUCAUAGAGAUAACCUCUUCGGAUGACCAAGCGAUAGUUGCGUGCUUGGAUGGAAGUACCUACCAAGCGGACAUAGUUGUUGGAGCCGAUGGGAUACACAGCAUUACGCGCAGGAAGAUGUUAAGGGAUAUUGUCAGCGACAGCCCAAAAUCGCGUAUAAUGCCGGAAGCUCUUGGACGAGUAUUCAGUGCUCAGUAUUCUGCGUUUUUCGGACUCUCCAAGCCCACACCCGGGAUGAAGAUCGGACAUUGUAACAGAACAUUUGCGCAUGGCUUUUCCUUUUUCAAUGCGGUGGGAAGGGAUGGUCAAAUAUUUUGGUUCGUAUUCCGUGACAUGGGAAAGGUAUAUGGCGAAAAAGAAAUCCCUCGCUUAGACCAAAGCAAGAUAGAGGAAGAUCUGGCCCCCUUCUUAAAUAAGUAUGUUGCAGAAGGGGUGCGGUUUCGGGAUAUAUUCGAGAACAGAGUCCGUUGCUCGCAUGUGCCUAUCGAAGAAGGUUUCUUGAAUCAGUGGACUACCCCAAAUCUGGGGCAAGGCGGGAACGGGGCGAUGGAGAGUGCCGCGUCCCUAGCAAACACGAUCGUUGCCGUGGCGCAAGCCAGCAUAUCCUCCGAACUAUCCCUUCCUCAGAUUUCAGCUUCCUUGAAAGAAUGGGCUGGAUCCAGACAGAAACGCAUGAGGCUACUCUGCGAGUUGGGCAACGGUUUUACGAGGCUUGAAGCAUUCCAUACGCUGAAAGACAGGGUGGUCGGUCUCUACCUCGGUAAAUACCAACUAGACGCCAUAGCAGAUAUUCUGUGCGAGACCACUGUUGGCGCCGAGAGACUGUCAUUUCUCCCACCUCCUCGGAGAUCAUUACAGGUCACAAUGCCAUUUGACACACGAAAAGGCAUCCAAGCUGCCACCAGAACUAAAUCACUAAUACUGCGUUCUCUUAUUGCGAUUACCAUGAUCUUCGCACUUCAACCCCUUCUGCAGCACUACAUUGCUGGCCGCAUCGUUGAUCAUUCGCCUACUUUACAUAAGCAUAACGGGCUAGCAUACGAAGAUGGCGGCUCUUAUACUAAUCACAAAAGCACUGAGACUCUAGCAGCAAUGUCACGAAUCGCAGACCACGGGGUGCUGCUAACAAUUUGGGCUGUGGAAAGCUGCAGAACAGGGAACAUUGCCACUUUGAUGUCAUUUUCCUUGUCUUUCUCUGUGAUUUCAGGAAUACUUGAAGGGACACAUGUGGUAGCCCCCUUAUACUUCUUAUUAUAUGCCAUACAGUCACCGGUGGCCAAAUUCGAUACGCCAGAUCGUCGCACAUGCGGCUUCAUACCACCACUCCCUCCAUCAUGGGGUGCCGACAAGGUAUACAAUCACUACGACAGACACGAAAAGGGAAUUCAGGCGGGGGCUGCAAUGGUUGUUAUCUGCUCCGGAUUAUGUCUUCCUUAUGGAGCAGUUGUAUCAAAGCAGCUUCGAUUGAUACGAGACGUAGACCCAAUUCUCGGCGACUUGUCUCUUGUGGCUUGUGGGGUAGCGAGUGUCACCUUCAUGAUGUCCUCUACAUUCUUAGGACUGGCGACGUUUCGGGAUUACGGGCCGGAAUUGACUUUACUUCUGAGUGAUUUGUUUUGGUUCACUCUCAUCAUGCAGUGGCCGCCGUUUUGGAUACAAAGUUGGACCAUAGCGUGGGCAAUUCUCUCGGACAAAAGUUCAGACCCUGCCUUUCCAAGGUCCUUAGCCAUCCUCAACUUCAUCGCUCCUUUGGCAUUGUCCUCGGCCACCGCCAUCCACCUUCAUCAGCAUGGACCAUAUGCAUGGAAUGGCGCACUGACCUUUUGGCUUGCUUUUGUUCUAUUCUUUGCCCAGGUUGGGCUUGAUCUAUUCACUAUGGGUCGGAACAUCCUUAGAAGUCGAAGGUUGGAACUGGCUGAGCAGACGAAUUGA